AUGAAUCAGGAACUGCUCUCUGUGGGCAGCAAAAGAUGAUGAACUGGAGGCUCUCUGAGAGGUAACCCUUCCUCAAGCCAGGCAGAUGAGGAGCAGAUGAAUCGUGUGGUGGAGGAGGAACAGCAGCAGCAGCUAAGACAAGAGGAGGAGCACACUGCAAGGAAUGGUGAAGUCGUUGGAGUAGAACCUAGACCUGGAGACCAAAGUGAUUCCCAGCAAGGACAAUUGGAAGAAAACAAUAACCGAUUUAUUUCAGUAGAUGAGGACUCCUCGGGAAACCAAGAGGAACAAGAGGAAGACGAAGAACAUGCUGGUGAACAAGAUGAGGAGGAUGAAGAGGAAGAGGAAAUGGACCAGGAGAGUGAUGAUUUUGAUCAGUCUGAUGACAGCAGCAGGGAAGAUGAACAUACACAUAGUAACAGUGUCACAAACUCUAGUAGUAUCGUGGACCUGCCUAUUCACCAACUCUCCUCCCCGUUCUAUACAAAGACAACAAAAGUGAGUACAUUUAGUCUGCUCUUCACCUGA